UCAGAACCAACGAAACCCUGGGCCACCCAAGCGGAGCGCGGGAACUUAACCACUCAGCCACGGGCCGGCCCCCAAGGAAUCUGCAUUUCUAACAAGCUCCCCAAAAUGAUUCUGAUGCAGCCAGCCUUGCACCCCUACUUUAGCGAGUACUGGUUAUGAGGCUGGGAGUCUAAGUCACGUCAGUGUUAAAUAGACAUACUGUCACCUCCUUCACAGUAAAAGAGAUGUCUGUGCACGCCUGUUUGCACAAAGAUUUUUUGCACAAGAAAGCACUAAUGCUUUUUUUGAUCCCCUCCUCCCUAUACAAAGGUGAAGAACUUUUAUUUGAUUUCUAUCCCACCUCGUGUUUAAUGCAUCUGGCCGCAAGGCCCGGAGUUGAGCCAAGGGAGAAAGAGAGGGAGAAAGAAGAGUCGCAAACUCCUUCAGUCGGUGCAGCCAAGCUGCACUUGACACCCCAAGGACCUGCUGCCCACCCCCCACCCCCUCUGGCGUAUAUUUGCAAUGGGCCCUAGGCUGCAUGGGGACCCCGCCCCCAUGCCCCGCUGAUUGGCCGCGCCGGCCCGUUCGUCACGCUCUUUUGUCUCAGUGGGCAGAGGAUAAAAGCAGCCUCGGCUGCCGUGGGAACUGUGCUGCCUCUACUUGGCUACCCCUCGCUGGGCAGCCUUGCGGAGCAGCUCCAUCUGGCAGUCCCGGGUCCCUUAGCGGCCAAAGAGGCGCAGGUCCUUCUCCCCUGCAGGGCGGCGGAGACCAGAGGCGGAAUCCACAGCUGUCAACGCCGGAGCGUCAGCUACCCACCAGCACAGCAUAGGUAAAGAAAGGGGGCGCGAUUGCCCAGCGCGGAGAGAGGAAGGGGAAGCCCCGCCAGGAUUGGGCGGCUCCCCUCCUGGGGAAUCGAGAACUGCGAGGCAGAGGAAGGAGCACUCCCUUGGCCCGGCUGCGCCGAGGGAGGAGGUGGGGUUCCACUGGAUGCUGCCCAAUGGGUCAUCAAAACCGAAUGCGAACUUGAAUUCUGUGCGGCUGAUUGCAGAGCUGUCUUGACGCUCUGAGGUCCCGGAUCGGCGUCCCCCGGUGGACAGAGAUCGACUGUACCUCGGAGGCGAGCUUUCUCACGGAGGCCACAGGUUGCAGAGGCUGGAAGUGAAAUAAAGGCGCGCGCUUGUUCCUGAGCUCCUUCUCUACUGAGAUAGGAAAGCAGAGACCCCCCCCCCCCCCCCCGCCACGCCUGCAGAUUAGGCUUUUCCAAAAAGCCUGAACAUCUUGUUAUAUUCAGAUACCCGAUCAUCAUCAGACAUGGCUAGCAUCCUUUCUCGCGUGGGUAAUGGCCGGCGGCAGAACGCACACUUGCCGCCUUGGGCCCACUCAAUGCUGAGGUCCCUGGGAAGGAGUCUUGGUCCCUUAAUGGCCAACAUGGCAGAGAGGAACAUGAAGUUGUUCUCGGGGAGGGUGGUGCCAGCACAGGGGGAAGAAACCUUUGAAAACUGGCUGAUCCAAGUCAAUGGGGUCCUGCCAGAUUGGAAUAUGUCUGAGGAGGAAAAGCUUAAACGCUUGAUGAAAACCCUUAGGGGCCCUGCCCGGGAGGUCAUGCGUUUGCUCCAGGCGGCCAACCCCAACCUAAGUGUAGCAGAUUUCUUGCGUGCGAUGAAAUUGGUGUUUGGGGAGUCUGAAAGCAGUGUGACUGCUCAAGGUAAAUUUUUUAACACUCUGCAGGCACAAGGGGAGAAAGCCUCCCUUUAUGUGAUCCGUUUGGAGGUGCAGCUCCAGAAUGCUAUUCAGGCAGGGAUCAUAGCUCAGAAAGAUGCGAACCAGACUCGCCUGCAGCAGCUCCUUUUAGGGGCUGAGCUGAAUGGGGACCUGCGCUUCAGGCUAAAGCAUCUUCUCAGAAUGUAUGCAAGUGAGCAGGAGCAUCUUCCUAAUUUCCUAGAGUUAAUCAGAAUGAUAAGGGAGGAAGAGGAUUGGGAUGACACUUUUAUGAAACAGAAGCGGGCCAAGAGAUCUGAGUCAAUGGUGGAGAGAGCAACCAGCCCAGUGGCAUUUCAGGGCCCUCCACCGAUAGAGAUCAGCAGUGCCAACUGCAACGUGAUAGAGAUAGAUGAUACCUUCAAUGACUCAGAUGAGGAUGUGAUCCUGGUGGAGUCUCAGGACCCUCCACUUUCAUUCUUGAGCUCUCCUCCCCCCAGACGCAGGGCCAGACUUCGGGAUCCAGUGCUAGUCAUUGAUUCCCCCAACAGUUCCCGGGCUCAAUCUCCUUCCACCAGUGGUGGUUCUGGGUCUAAGAAUGAUAGUCUUGGGGAUAUGCUUAGAGCCAGGAAGCGAAAAUACACAAUCCGCUGUUCGUAUUGUGGUGAGGAGGGCCACUCAAAGGAAACCUGUGACGAGAGCAACAAGGCCCAGGUGUUUGAGAAUCUGAUCAUCACCCUGCAGGAGCUGACACACAUAGAGGAGGACGGGUCAAGAGAGGCCCCUGGCGAACCCAAUGAUCCUUCUGAGCCACAGUGAGGGGCCAGCCCCCAGCCUUAAAUGAACCCUAACCCAUAUUCAGAGUCCAGCAAUGGGAAAACUGGGGAGGGGGGAGUGCUUCUAAUUGCAUGAAUUAAUCCUCAAAGUGGCUUUCUUUUGGGGUGGAGGAGAAAGGUCUUGGAUACCAGCACAGUGGAGGGAGAUGGCCUGACCUCUGUUCUUGCUCUUCACUCCUGCCCUCCCCCGCUGCCUAAGGGUCUAUUUUCUGUGUGUGCCCAUUUCCUUGAUGGCUUUAUUCUCUUUGUGAAAGUGGCAUAAUUCAUUGUUAACCAUUCAAACAAUAAAGAAAAGUACAAAAAGUACAAAUUACCCCAAACCCUCCACCCUUAUAGAACCAUUGUCAACCCUUUGAUGAAUGUCCUUCUAGAUAUUUCCCUAUAUCUACAUACCCAGGUAUAUGUAUAGAUAAAAGUGAUCAAAUAUAAGUGCUGUUCUAUAGUCUGUAUUUUUUCACCAAACAAUAUAUGUUGUGGGCUUAUUCUAUGUCAAUAAAUAUAUAUCAGCAUCUA